AUGUCCAGUGGGGGAAGGUUUAAUUUUGACGAUGGAGGGUCGUACUGUGGAGGCUGGGAGGACGGAAAGGCUCAUGGCCACGGAAUUUGUACCGGCCCGAAGGGUCAAGGUGAAUAUUCGGGCUCCUGGAGUCACGGCUUUGAGGUGUUGGGGGUCUACACUUGGCCCAGCGGCAACACUUACCAGGGCACCUGGGCGCAGGGCAAGCGCCAUGGCAUUGGCAUGGAGAGCAAGGGGAAGGGGGUGUACAAAGGAGAGUGGACCCAUGGAUUUAAGGGACGCUAUGGGGUCCGGGAAUGCACUGGAAAUGGGGCCAAGUACGAAGGCACCUGGAGCAAUGGAUUACAGGAUGGCUACGGGACAGAGACCUACUCGGAUGGAGGGACAUACCAGGGCCAGUGGGUCGGAGGGAUGCGGCAGGGUUACGGCGUCCGGCAGAGCGUUCCCUACGGCAUGGCAGCGGUUAUCAGGUCACCCCUGAGGACGUCCAUCAACUCCCUGCGCAGCGAGCACACCAACGGCACAGCGCUGCACCCCGACGCCUCGCCGGCGCUUGGGCGAGGGGCGGUGGCCGGCAGCCCCGCUGUCUCCCGGGGUGGCUUCGUCCUCAUGGCCCACAGCGAUGCUGAGAUCCUCAAGAGCAAAAAGAAGGGCAUCUUCCGGCGGUCGCUGCUGAGCGGGCUCAAGCUCCGUAAAUCCGAGUCUAAGAGCUCCUUGGCCAGCCAACGGAGCAAGCAGAGCUCUUUCCGGAGCGAAGCCGGGAUGAGCACAGUCAGCUCCACCGCCAGCGACAUCAACUACGAGCUCUCCGUCAUCGAAGACGACAUCGACGCCACCACCACCGAGAUCUACGUCGGCGAGUGGAAGAACGACAAGCGGUCGGGCUUCGGGGUGAGCCAGCGCUCGGAUGGGCUGAAGUACGAGGGAGAAUGGGCCAACAACAAGCGCCACGGCUACGGCUGCAUGACCUUCCCCGACGGCACCAAGGAGGAGGGCAAGUACAAGCAGAACGUCCUGGUCAGCGGCAAGAGGAAGAACCUCAUCCCGCUGCGGGCCAGCAAAAUCCGCGAGAAGGUGGAUCGGGCCGUUGAGGCGGCCGAGAGGGCGGCCACCAUCGCCAAGCAGAAAGCGGAGAUCGCGGCAUCCAGGUAA